AUCAUUGCAAUCUGCACAAGAGGAGUCAGUGGCCACCUACAAAGGCAACGAGUUUUUCAGCUAUGACCUGUCUCAGACGCCCAUCCAGAGCAGCCUGGACGAGAUUAGUCUGUCCUUCCGCACGCUGCAGAGGAACGGGCUCCUGCUCCACACCGGGAAAUCAGCUGACUACGUUAACCUAUCCCUGAGGAGUGGCGCUGUGUGGCUGGUCAUCAACCUCGGGUCCGGGGCCUUUGAGGCCCUAGUGGAGCCUGCCAACGGAAAGUUCAAUGACAACGCCUGGCACGAAGUCCGUGUCACGCGCAACCUGCGCCAGGUGACCGUCUCUGUGGAUGGGAUCCUGACCACCACCGGCUACACCCAGGAGGACUACACCAUGCUGGGCUCGGAUGACUUCUUCUACAUUGGGGGGAGUCCCAACACGGCUGACCUCCCAGGCUCCCCGGUCAGCAAUAACUUCAUGGGCUGUCUCAAAGACGUGGUCUACAAGAACAACGAGUUCAGGCUGGAGCUGUCUCGUCUGGCUGCAGAGCGGGACCCUCAGGUCAGUGUUCACGGCGACCUGACCUUCCGCUGUGAGGACGUGGCGGCCCUGGAGCCGGUCACCUUCGACACGCCCGCCGCCUACCUCACCCUGCCCAGGUGGAAAACCAAGAAGACUGCCUCUAUCUCUUUUGAUUUCCGCACUACGGAGCCCAGCGGCCUGCUGCUGUUCAGCCACGGUGACAGGCGUCUGCAGGGCCCAGACAGACAGCCGGAGAGGCAGCCCAGGGCUGACUACUUUGCUAUGGAGCUCCUGGACGGCUUCCUCUACCUGCUGAUGGACAUGGGCUCUGGCAGCAUCAAGAUGAAAGCCAGCAACAAGAGGGUCAACGAUGGGGAGUGGUGCCACGUGGACUUCCAGAGGGAGGGGCGCAAGGGCCUGAUCUCAGUGAACAGCCGCAGCAUACCAUUCUCUGCUAACGAAGGCAGUGAGAUCUUAGACCUGGAGGGUGACAUGUACCUCGGGGGUCUGCCCGAGGCACGCCAGGGCCUCAUCCUCCCCCCGGAAGUCUGGACGGCCCCCCUCAACCUGGGCUACGUGGGCUGCAUGCGUGACCUGUUCAUGGAUGGGCGGAGCCGGGACCUGAGGAGACUGGCAGAGAUCCAGAGUGCCUCUGGAGUCAGCAGCUUCUGCACCAGGGAAACGCACAUCAGGUGUGGCAGAGACGUCUGUGCCAACGGUGGGCAGUGCCGCGAGGGCUGGAACCGCCAUGUGUGUGACUGCACCAGCACGGGCUACCUGGGCCCCAACUGUGAGAGCGAGGCCACGGUGCUGAGCUACGACGGCAGCAUGUACCUGAAGGUGAUGCUGCCGUUGAGCAUGCACAUGGAGGCCGAGGACGUGGCGCUGCGCUUUAUGUCCCAGAGGGCCUUUGGGCUGCUUGUGGCCACUACCUCCCAGGACUCAGCUGACACCCUGCGACUGGAGCUGGACGGGGGCCGGGUCAAACUCACCGUCAACCUGGAUUGUAUCAGGAUAGACUGUAACCUCAGUAAAGGCCCAGAGAUGCUGUUAGCAGGACAGAAGCUGAACGACAACGAGUGGCACUCAGUGAAGGUGGUGCGUCGCGGGAAGAACCUGCACCUCUCUGUGGACAACGUGACUGUGGAAGGCCAUAUGACCGGUGCCCACACUCGCCUGGAGUUCCACAACAUUGAGACAGGCAUCAUGACCGAGCGCCGUUUUAUCUCCGUGGUGCCAUCUAACUUCAUAGGGCACCUGCAGGCCCUCUCGUUCAAUGGCGUGCCCUACCUGGACCAGUGUAAGAACGGAGACAUCUCCUACUGCGAGCUCAACGCCCGCUUCGGCAUGCGCCGCAUCGUGGCUGACCCUGUGACAUUCCACAGUCAGGCUAGCUGCCUGGCCUUCUCCACCCUGCAGGCCUACGCCUCCAUGCACCUCUUCUUCCAGUUCAAGACCACCAGCCUCGACGGCCUGCUGCUCUUCAACUCUGGAGACGGCAGUGACUUCAUCGUUGUGGAGCUGGUCAAAGGGUACAUUCAUUAUGUGUUUGACCUGGGCAACGGGCCGUCUCUCAUGAAGGGAAACUCUGAGAAGCCUCUCAACGACAACCAGUGGCACGACGUGGUGGUCUCCCGGGACAACAACAAUGUGCACAUCCUCAAAAUCGAUUCCCGCACUGUCACCCAGCACUCCAACGGAGCCCGCAAUCUGGAUCUCAAAGGGGAGCUGUAUGUUGGUGGUGUAGGGAAGACCAUGUACAGCAGCCUGCCCAAGCUGGUUGCGUCCCGGGACGGGUACCAGGGCUGCCUGGCCUCUGUGGACCUGAAUGGGAGACUCCCUGACAUGAUGGCAGAUGCCCUCCACAGGGUGGGCCAGGUGGAGCGCGGCUGUGGAGGCCUGAGCACAACCUGUACAGAGGACUCCUGCCAUAACCAGGUGUGUCUCCAGCAGUGGGAGGGCUUCUCCUGUGACUGCACCAUGACCACCUACAGAGGAGCAUUCUGCAGUGACCCUGGGACCACGUAUAUCUUUGGGAGAGGAGGGGCCCUCAUCACAUACACCUGGGCCCCCAACGAGCGGCCGAGCACCAGAGCAGACCGGCUAGCUGUGGGCUUCAGUACUCAGCAGAAAGACGCCAUCUUGGUCCGAGUGGAGAGCACCAGCGGACUGGGAGACUACCUGCAGCUACACAUAGAACAAGGAAAGAUUGGUGUGAUCUUCAACGUGGGGACAGACGACAUCACCAUUGACGAGCCGGCUGUCAUAGUUAGCGAUGGCAAGUACCAUGUUGUGCGCUUCACACGCAGUGGUGGCAACGCCACCCUCCAGGUGGACAACCAGCCGGUCGAGCGCUACCCACCAGGACGACAGCUGACUAUCUUCAACAGCCAGGCAGCGAUAAAGAUCGGGGGUCAGGAUAAGGGCCGGCCGUUCCAGGGCCAGAUCUCUGGCCUCUACUAUAAUGGCCUGCAGGUGCUGACGCUGGCGGCAGAGAAUGACCCCAGUGUCCAGGCUGAGGGGAACCUGAGGCUGGUGGGAGACUCCCUGUCUGUGCUGACCACUGAGACCACCUCCACCACCCCACUGGCAGCCUCCGACAUGUCCACCACCAUCAUGGAGACCACCACCACCAUGGCCACCACCACCACCCGCAGGCAACGCUCACCCAGCAUGAGGGAGAGCAUCUCCCAGUCUCAGAACUCGGAUGACAUCUUGGUGGCUUCUGCUGAGUGUCCCAGUGAUGACGAGGACCUGGAGGAGUGUGAGCCUGGAACAGGAGGUGAAUUAGUGUUGCCUAUAAUAACAGUGGAUUCCCUUGAGCCCCCAUCCAUCGCCACCCGUUACCCUGCUAUCCCCCCUCCUCCCACCUCCCUGUCCCCACUUGAGACCACCAAAGUGUCCCUGAUGCUGUCCAACCCUCACCCUCCCUGCCCCCCGGAUCAGGAGGACUGCGGUGACCCUGUGGAGGUCUCGGCCUUCGGUUCUGGGGAGAUGACGGAAUCAGAUGAUGAGGACUUUUACAAAAACUCCCCUCUGGUCACUGAUAGGACAGUCCUGCAUCCUCCUCCUCCCCCCGCCGUUGGUGAGGGCGGGGCACAGAAACCCCAUAAUCCCCGCCCCCUUCCUUAUGCUCCCACCACCAACCCUGACCAGCUCCACAUCCCUGCGGGCAAAAUGAACACCCGUGACCAGGUGCUUCUGCCCCCUGCCCCUCCGUCAUCCCGGUAUACACCUGGACUAACUUACCCCCCCAAUUUCCCCCAUGUGCCCACAGCCGACCCUACAGCCCCUGGUGAGAAGGUCAUGCACCCCGGCCUGGUGGAUAGGAUCGGAGAGUCUAGUAGCACCACAGGGAUGGUGGUUGGCAUUGUGGCAGCUGCUGCCCUCUGCAUUCUCAUCCUCCUCUACGCCAUGUACAAGUACCGCAACCGUGAUGAGGGCUCCUACCAGACGGACCAGGGACACAACUUCAUCAGCAACCCAGUUUCCGAGGGCAACGGGGCCAUGGUCAAGCUAGAGAAGACACCAAGCACAACCACAGCUGCAGUAGCUAAGACAGUAACCAAGGGCAAGAAGAACAAAGACAAAGAGUAUUAUGUCUAAGAGAGGGAUGGAUAGAGAAGGAGAGAACGAGAGAGAUAGGCUAGAGCAGGGUUUCCCAACUCCAGUCCUCGAAUACCCCAGAGAAGCACACCUGAUUCAACUUGUCAACUAAUCAUCAAGCCCUCAAUCAGUUGAAUCAGGUGAGUUUGUCCGGGGCAGCAACAAAGAUGUGUGCUGUUGGGGGUACUCUGGGACUGUUGGGGUACACUGGGAUAGAGGAAAAUCAUGGAAAGGGGGUUCUCACAAAGAAUUUCACUUCCACAUUAUCCUCUAGAUAAAUAUCCAAAGUGUAGGGUGUAAUUGUUACAUUUGUGGCACACAAAAAAAAGAAAAUCCAAUUUGCGAUCAGUAUUUCCACAAUUCCUGUUCAAUUAUGCUUUGAGAAUUUGUAUCACAUACCAAAUAUUGUAUUGGAUAACAUACCAUUUCAUACAGGAUAAGAAGCAUAUCCAUUUUGCUGUGUUUGUAUAUAGCACCAAUAUCUAUCAACUGUAUGGUUAUGGUUCCCAGUGAAAACUCAGUUUAAACCAUUGUACUAUAGAACCAGGUUUGCAUGAAUGUCAGUUCAUCAUGUAAUGAAGUCAGCGGUAUCAGUGUGUACUGAAUGGUCAUUAUGGUAGAUAAGGACAGAGCAACCCAGUAGAGUUUACUAGAUUAAACUAAAGCCAUACCCAUAUUUGGAGAUUGGGUGACCCACCUUCUCUGCAGACUAGCCGACCCAAUUUUGUGUUAUCCCACGUAAAACGGCUUUCAACUCUGUCUAUCUCUCUGGUUGUCCAUGGUGCUAUGUUAAUGGUCCAAUAUCAUUGAACCAUGUUUCCUUUUGGGAAAAUACAGGUUUUCAAAGGGAAUACACCAGUUCACAGCAGAAUUUAGCCAACAAACCCAUACCAUUGGAUGGAUGAGAUGAGCUGGAUUCUCUCAUCUCUGUGUGAGAAGAGAUCACCAAACCGACAGUGUCAUUCAUUCCAUCCAGGAACAAGUUCCUCAAGCUUAACAAAUCUCAAAAAGCAAAACGCUACUGUAGCAAAGACAUUGCUCUGUAAACAUAUUUGUAUGUAUAGAUGUCUUGGGUUUGAAAAAGCAUUGCUUCUGUGUUUGUUGGAGUAGACGGGGGGAAACAGACAUGAAAAAGAUACUACAUGUGAGAGAUGUUCUGCCCCCACGGUUACCACUGUCAACACUCCAGCCAGAUCCCCCUAUGAAGGAAGUAGAGACAGUGAAUAUGAAAGGGAGCUGCAGGACACAGUCACUUUUGAAUAACUUUUUCUGGUUGUUCCUGUGGGAGGGGGGGGGACAUGUCCAAGCUUGUGUCAAGAGGCUGGCUUUCGCUUUCCUUCUACAAAAUUGGCACACAAAAAAAAAACUGGAAAGGCACAAACAGUAGAAAAAUCUCUUUGAGAGAUAAAUACUGUGUUACCUUUGAAAGCAAACCAAACAUGUAUUCUGGUUUUUCUACCCAUGAAUAAAAGACUGUUCUGUGAGAUGAACUAUUGAAGGUUUGUGAAUUGUAUAGCUACUUCUCAGAUACUUGUGUGUUUCUCUUGUUACCAUUCCUGCAGUUCCGUUUAAAAAAAAAAAAGUUUCCUUUUAAUCCGAUACAGAUGAAAGGGAGCAUUUUGUCUAUGAUGAGACACCAUUGUCUGACUACAGAGACACAUUAUAAGUAUUUUAUUUUUUGCAAUGUUGAAUAACAUGACAUUUCCAUUAAGGACAGGUUAGUGAUUGUAUGUAAACGUAUCAAGAGAAAACACAAAGGAUGAUGUGCACUCUUUUGAUUCAUUUCUUCAUUUCAUGUACAUUGAAAAACCUGGCUAUCUUUGUCUGUUGUUGCCAUUCUCUCUGUUGUAUCAUGUUUACAUUUUCAAUUCCUGUAAUUUCAUCUUGUUUUUUUAUGACGUGCCAUUUAACAUAAACUUCUCAGAGUAUAUCCCUGUCCUAACUCAAUGAUAUUGUAAAGUGUUCCUGUGAAAUUAACCUUAAUAUGUGUACAGUACAUUGACAGAGGGGAAAUACAAUUGGUUAUAUACUUCGUA